AUGAUCCGCCAUACCGACCGUACGAGUCCCAACGGCAACGGCAGCAUCGAUCAACCAUCUGACAGCGGCAGCAAACACGAUCGCAAGGCGCCGAAACGAAGCUUCAACAACAGCAGCCAAUCGAGCGAACAGACUGCCCCUCGACGGACCCGCAGUCACGACCUCCAUAGCAUGCUCAACCUCAACAACAACAGCUGGUUGGCCGUCAGUCGUUGGAUCCUAUUGGGGAUCAUGAUUGGGUCCUCGGCGACGGCCAUCUUUCAGUCCAUUAGCAUGCCUGCCUUUUGCAUCGGGGGAUCUAGUGCCGGGAUACCCGAUCCCGAAGCGGCGUCGGCAUUGCAUCCCAUGACCAAAACUACUACAACCACUGCAAGCACUACAGCUGCCAAGAAGAAAACCACCACCACCACCAAGACCACUACCGGUAGCAGUGGUAAAAAGGGCGAUACGGCCAACAAGAGUAGCAGCACUAAAAAAGACAGCAGCAAACCCAAACCCAAAAAGAAGGUACUGGUCGAACCGGAAAUUCAAAACUUUACCGACUUGUCGCCACCUCCCGUACUGGACCCCAAAAACGACACCUUUGCUGCCUGCCUACUGAUCAAAGAUGACAAUCAUUGGUUGAUCGAAUGGCUCGCUUAUCAUUAUCAAGUCAUGCCACUUCGUAAAUUGGUUCUAGUGAUUGAUCCCGAUUCCAAAACAUCUCCCAAACGGAUUUUGGCACGCUAUAACAAACGCAAACUCAUGUCGGUCAAAAUUUGGAAAGACAAGGAUUUCAUGCCCACCAAAAUUACCGCCACCGUGGCUCAGUUUGACAACAAUACCGCCCUCAUGAUGCAUCGGGUACGACAGAAUAAUUUCUAUCGAAGAUGUAUUUCCCAUUUUCGAGAUGCCGGACAAGAAUGGCUCAUGUUGGUCGAUACAGACGAAUACGUUCUUCCGUCAUACGCCAGUGGCCACUUUCGCAAUUUAACCACACAGGUACCCUUCCAAGAACCCGGCAGUGUCUUGCGACUCCUUAAAUACUACGAACAAAGUACCAACGAUUUGCACACGUGCGUCUACAUGCCACGAUUCUUUUUUGGAGCACAGGAAUCACGCGAUGCCCUCGUCAAACACAACGUACCCGAUGGCAUUGAUGCCCAUGGCAUGGUCACGCAACGAUUCUUGUAUCGAGAACCACGACGCAAUUACAAUGGCAAAAAUCUCAUUCAUCUCAAACGAGUCCCGUCUUUGCAUACAUUUGGAGGAGUCCAUCAUGUUUCCACCGUGGCGUGUCCCGAUCCCGAUCAAAUGCGGGCAUUGAAUUUGAACAAACAUGCCCUCAUUCGAGUCCAUCAUUAUUUGGGAACGCUGGAACAGUACAUGUUUCGAGACGAUCCGCGUCUGCACGAUGGAAGUGCAUCGGGACGAAAUGGGACCAAAAGGGUCGGAUCCUACAAUCCACGAGGGGUCGGUCGAUUCAAUAACUUUAACAAAAAGGCCAAUCACGAGGAUCAUGCCGCCAAGGCGUGGAUUCGUGGCUUUAUUAAUGCCAUGGGAGAAGACUUGGCUUCGGAAUUGUUGGCCGGUGUGGGCAAGGUGGGAUAUGAACCGUCAGAGUAA